AUGGCCCAGGACCCCUAUGUGCUUGUUCAACGCGAGAUUCAGACGGCGUUGGAUGCAGCGGAGCAACUGAGAGCGUCGUAUGCGCGGAUUCGGUCAACGGCGAGAGGAGAUAGCGAAGAAUUGGUGGUAGCGAGAGAAGAACUCCAGGACGCGCUGUCAUCUCUGGAAGCAGACCUAGAUGAACUCGAGCAGAGCGUCGCUAUCGUCGAACAGAGCGGUGCACGCAUGUUCGGUAUCACAGAACGUGAACUGAUUACACGACGGCGAUACGUGUCGACUACCCGGGAUUUGCUGAAGACUAUGAAAAAUGAAGUGACAUCGCUGCAUUCGACGGUAGCAAAAGUGCAUGCACCGGCCAAUGGUCGAUCGAAUGCACGACCGCAGGAAGACGAUCAAUCGGAAUGGGCAAGACAAGAGCAACAGGUCUGUGCCCUUUUCUAUAACCAUGUUCUCUAUCCUGUGCGCUAUGCGCUCGAGCUGGCGUCUGAUGCUGAUGCAGGAGCAAGACCGCACGUUGGAAACUAUAUCUGGCACGCUAAAUACGUUGCACCUGCAGGCUGGGCUUAUGGGCCAGGAGAUAUCAGAGCACAACGAGCUGCUGGGGAUCUUGAGAACCAGGUCGAUCGGACGGAGAGCAAGCUUGCGCGCGCCCAAAAAAGAAUGGACUAUUUUUUGCAAAAGGCAGAAGAGAGUCGCUGGAGUAUCUACAUUCUUAUUGCGAUUCUGAUGUUCCUGGUUAUGUCUGAUAUCCGGGACGAGGCAAAGGGCGCCUCGACGGAGAGUUUUACAGCCGCCUUGAUCUUCAACGCCGCCAUCUUCGGCGCCGAAAUCUUAGUCUUUACCCUCGUCCGUCGACGAUUCAAGGCCAUCUAUGAACCAAGAACGUACCUCACAGCUGAAGGGAAACGUCAGCAACCGCUCAGUUCCAGUCUUCUAGGCUGGCCGUUGGACAUUUGGCGCGCAGACCACAACGACAUUCGCCAUCACAAUGGCAUGGAUGCCUUCUUCUUUGUGCGCUUCCUUCGCAUGAUGGCCCGCAUCUUUUUGCCAAUCUGGCCUCUUUCUUGGGCCGUCUUGAUGCCCAUCGACGCCGUCAGUCCAAACAACGGACUCACAGGUUUGGACCAAUUCACCUUUGGAAAUGUCAGAAGCGACCACCGGGCCCGCUAUGCCGCCCACGCGCUUCUCAUCUGGGUCUGCACCGCGUGGAUUCUCUACAAUAUCAAAACGGAGAUGAGAAAUUUUGUUACUCUCCGUCAGCGUCAUCUCGUGGACCCCAUACACUCUGCCUCUGCUCAAGCCAACACCAUUCUAAUCACUGGUGUCCCCCGCAAAUUCCUCGACGAGCACGCCAUUGCCCAACUGUUUGCGCAUCUUCCCGGAGGGGUAAAAAAGGUCUGGCUCAAUCGUGAUCUAAAGGAGCUACCAGAGGUGUACGAACGUCGACUCAAGGCGUCGAACAAGCUCGAGAGUGCAGAGAUUGCGCUUCUCAAGACCGGUCUCAAUUUGAACAAAAAGGCCAACGGUGGCAAUGUCGUCCCUGAUAAUCACCCAACGCCCGAUAAAGAGGGAAAGACGGUGGAAUCUGCGACUGCUCAUCCAGUGGACACCUACGUGCCCCACGGAGAACGUCCUACGCACCGUCUUCCCGUACUCGGGUUCCUCCCACUUGGCAAGAAAGUCGAUACCAUUGAUUGGGCGACCAAGGAGAUUGUAGAGACGUCGGAUAUCUUGACAAAGGGACGUGAACAACUAGAGGCCGAAGAGGGUCAAAAGGGCGAGAAAUAUCCACCUCUCAACUCGGUCUUUGUCCUCUUCAACCAGCAGAUUGCGGCCCACCUUGCUGCUCAGGCCCUCACGCACAAUGAACCCUACCGCAUGGCGAACAAGUACACCGAAGUGGCACCCGCUGAUGUUAUCUGGGAGAACCUUGGCAUGAACCCUUACGAGGCUCGUAUCCGUCAGGUUUUGAGCUAUGCCGCGACUGGAGCGCUCGUUAUCUUUUGGGCUAUCCCUGUUUCGUUUGUUGGUAUCGUCGCCAACGUCUCGUCACUCUGCAAGUAUUCGUGGCUCGCAUGGGUUUGCAAGAUGCCUAGUUCAGUCCUGGGCAUCGUCCAGGGUAUCUUGCCCCCCGUCGCUCUCGCCGUCUUGAUGAUGCUUUUGCCCAUUGUCCUGCGUCUCUUUGGAAAGUUCGAGGGUAUUCCUCGCAAGACCGGCAUCGAACUCAGUUUGAUGACGCGGUUCUUCAUCUUCCAAGUCGUUCACGGUUUCCUCAUCACCACCAUUUCCGGCAGUAUCACCAAUGCGAUUGCUCAGUUCAGCUCCAACCCGACGGCCAUUCCAGGCGUGCUCGCUAGAAACCUUCCCCGCUCGUCUACCUUCUUCUUGACAUACGCCAUUCUCCAGGCGUUGUCCGGAACCGCCGGUAGUCUGUUGCAAGCCGUCCCACUCGUUGUCUAUUAUGUGAAACUCUUCAUCCUCGGAAGCACGCCUCGCUCAGUCUAUUCCAUCAAAUAUGACUUGCGCGACGUCUUCUUUGGAACAUUGUUCCCAUCCAUCACGCUCCUGGUCGUCAUUUCGUUUGGAUACAUGAUCAUCUCCCCUAUCAUCAACGGCCUCGCCCUUGUCGCGUUUGGCCUGUUCUAUUUUGUAUGGAAGUACCUCUUCCUCUGGCAGCUGGACCAGCCAGCUUCGGGAGAUACUGGAGGCUUGUUCUUCCCAAAGGCCAUCCAGCACAUGUUUGUUGGUCUUUACAUCCAGCAAAUUUGUCUCGCUGCGCUCUUCUUCAUCGCUCCAGGCGGGAAGGGCGCUGGCGGAUCGACGAUUGCGCUUCUCCUCCUCACGGCCUUCUUCCAUGCAAUCCUGAACAACUCUUACGGUCCUCUUGUCCACUCGUUGCCGCUUACCCUCGCGCACAAGUCGUACGGUAUGCCGCAAACCGGCGAGGUUGACGAGGAGAUUGGAGGAAACGAGAAUGAAGACGACUUUGACAACGAUGCUCCGUCUGACGAAAAGACGGGCAAGAAGAUGGUACCACCCGCCGACGGCACCGACCAAGACCGCGCUGCGGCUGCUACUGCCCACUCCUCGCACAUUCAACAUAACCAGGGACCCGGUCCAUCGGCAGAGUAUGGCACCAGCGUCCCGGUCGAAGGCAAGCGCAACGAAGGACCAACCGACUUUAAUCACCCCUGCUUGGAGCCUCAACGCGUGGUCUGGAUUCCUCAGGACCCACUCGGUGUCGGCGAGCUCGAAAGUCGACAUCUCAAUGAGCAAGGCGUUGAAGCGAGCACCGAAAAUGCUACCAUGGACGAAAGGGGCAAAGUUGAUAUCCAGGGGCAUCCACCUGGAAUGGAUCCGAGCACUAUAUUUGCAUAA